AUGGCUGGCAAAGGUAAAUUUUCGGAGUUUGAUGUGAAAACGGGGAAUUGGACCUUAUAUUGCGAUAGGUUGGACAUGUACUUUUUAGCUAAUGGCGUUACGGACGAUUUGAAACUACCAACCUUGAUUGCGAACGUAGGUGAAAGUGCAUAUGAAUUGAUAGUGAAUUUAUGUAGUCCGGACAAACCAUCUACAUUAACGUACACUAAAGUGGUGAAAUUAGUGAAAGAUCACUUGGAACCCGUGCCAUCGGCGUUAGCAGAACGUUAUAAGUUUCGGCAAUGCAGACAACAAACUGGGCAAUCCAUUGCCGAGUACGUGGCCACGUUAAAACAAAUGGCGAGGUUUUGUGACUUCGGUAGCGUGACUAACGGGCUAGAAGAGAACCUCCGGGAUCAACUAGUAUGCGGGAUUACCAGUGACGCAAUUCGACAGAGGUUAUUUGCAGAUAAAAAAAUCGACUACAGUAAAGCGGUACUGAUAGCGACUACAAUGGAGUCGGCGGAGAAAGAUUCUAGUGCGGUGGAAUCUACGGCGAUAGGAAUGCACUACAAUGCCAGCCAAAGUGGAAAAAAACAAUGUACAGCGUGCGGCGACACUAGACAUGAGCGUUCCGCGUGCAAAUUUAAGGAUUACGUGUGCGACACGUGUUCACGUGUCGGUCAUUUACGGCGUGUGUGUCCCGAAAAGGAGGGGCACGGAGCUAGGGCAAGACCGGGAGCGACAAAGAGUUGGGGAACCGCUCAGGAGUACGCAAGUGGCUUCGGAGGCCGCGGCUAUAACGAGAGGGCAAUGACCGGCCGGGGAGGCAGCACGGCCGGCAGGAGGCGGCGAGGCGCGCGCUCGGGCGCGGCGCCCGCGCGCCAGCACUGCAUCCGGGAGCACCCCGGGCCGGCCGAGGAGGCGAGCUGGCGGGGCAUCGGCGGCGACGGCGCGGGCCCUAGCCAACGCACGGACAGCGACGACGAAUGGCCGAUAUAUCAAAUGGGACUGAGUCAAUACCCACCGGUAUGUAUGGAGAUACUUGUACAAAAUAUGCCAUUAAUUAUGGAAAUUGAUACCGGAUCUCCCCUUUCGUGUAUAAAUAAUGACACUUACAAGAACAAUUUCAGUCAACUAGAAUUAAAGGCGUGCCGUAUACGAUUAUUUGCUUAUAAUGGUUCCCGCAUUUAUCCGUUAGGCUACGUUGAAGUGAAAGUGUCGUAUAACAACUGUGUUAAGACGUUAGAUUUAUAUGUGAUAGAUAAUGGAACCACUAAUAUAUUAGGACGGCAAUGGCUUGCCGAGUUAGAUAUUCAGGUUCCGCGAUUAAAGGUAUCAAGUGUCAAUAAACUGGAGAAGGAUUAUGGAAACCCGUCUCUUACUAUGAAUGAUAUCCUUUCCAGGUUUAAAGAUGUGUUCGACGGAACCCUGGGUUGCUUCACCGGCGGGCGGGCCACGCUGCAGCUGCGCGAGGGGGCGGUGCCUGUGUAUUGCCGGGCGCGACCUUUGCCCUACGCGCUACGUCAGCGCGUGGACGCCGAAUUGGACGCCAUGCUGACGGCGGGCGUCAUCACACCGGUCGACCACUCGGACUGGGCUACACCGCUGGUGGUGGCGCACAAGGCGGACGGCGCCAUCAGACUGUGUGCGGACUACAAGGUUACGCUAAACAAGGUACUAAUGGUAGAUAGAUAUCCCGUGCCCAGGAUUGAUGACCUGUUAAGUAAUAUUAGUGGCUACAAAUAUUUUUCCAAGCUUGAUCUAUCACAGGCCUAUAACCAGAUUCUUUUGGAUGAUACGGCAAGAUAUACGGUGGUCAACACACAUAGAGGUUUAUUUCAAUAUAACCGUCUCGUUUAUGGUUUGUCCUCGAGUCCCGGCAUAUUUCAGAGGAUCAUGUUAAAUUUGUUCAAAAAUAUGCCCCAUGUUAUUGUCUUUCUUGACGAUAUAUUGAUCACUAGUAAAACGAUACAAGAACAUAAUGAACAGAUACAGGAGGUCUUGCAAAUAUUGCAAGGUAACGGGUUAAAAGUAAGAAAGGAUAAAUGCGAGUUUUUUGUAGAUGAGGUUAAAUAUUUAGGGUUUAUUAUAAACAAAGACGGCGUGAGGGUUGACACGGAUAAGGUGGCACCUAUUAUUAAAAUGUCGCCUCCCACCAAUGUUUCCGAAUUAAGGUCAUUUUUGGGUAUGGUUAACUUUUACGGGAAAUUUAUUAAGCAUUUGAGCGAUAUUCUGGCUCCUCUAUACGAGUUACUUCGGAAAGGUAAACAUUGGGUGUGGGGUGGCAGGCAGAACGACAGUUUUAUCAAAGUUAAGAAGGCCUUGUGCAGUGUGGAGGCCCUGGUACAUUAUGAUAUGCGCUUGCCUUGCCUGGUGACAUGUGAUGCGAGUGGACACGGCAUUGCAGCGGUGCUGGCUCAAAGCGGCGGCGACGGUGUUGAGCGCGCCGUGGCGUAUGCAUCGCGCGCGUUGACGGCAGCGGAAAUGCAUUAUAGUCAGGUGCAUAAGGAGGCGCUGGCCAUAGUCUUUGCCAUAAAAAAAUUCCACCAGUAUUUAUACGGCCGUAAAUUUGUUCUUCGCACCGAUCACAAACCACUGGUUACGAUUUUUGGACCAAACUGUGGUGUUCCAACAGCCGCCGCGAGUCGAUUACAACGGUGGGCUAUACUAUUAUCAGCAUAUGAUUUUACUAUUGAAUAUGUUCGUACUGAUCAAAAUACCGCGGAUGCCUUAUCUCGCAUGAUACAGGGCCAUCGCGACAACGGCGUUCAGGAGCGCGACGAGGUCCCUGAACAGACGUAUUUACAUUUUGCAUCUGACGCGAUGUUGUUAGAUUAUAAGCUGCUACGUAACGAAACCUCGAAAGACAUAUUACUUAGUCGGGUGUUAAACUAUUUAAAAGAUGGUUGGCCGUUAGAUGUGGAGGUUAGAGAGUUAAAACCGUUUUUAAAUCGCAAAAGUGAACUAUAUGAAGAACUCGGGUGUAUUAUGUGGGGUCACCGGGUAGUUAUACCAGAGGCAUGUAAAGAAAAAGUGUUGCGAGAACUACAUGAGCCACAUAUGGGUAUGGUCAAGACUAAGGCUUUAGCCAGAAGCUACGUGUGGUGGCCCGGCAUCGAUGAGGCGGUGGAACGCGUUUGCCGCGCGUGCGCCGUAUGUGCCGCGGUGGCGGACGCGCCGCCGGCUCACGAACCGCGCCUCUGGCCGUGGCCUGAACGUCCUUGGGUACGGUUGCAUGCAGAUUUCCUCGGUCCAUUGGCAGGUACUAAAUAUUUAAUAGUAGUAGAUCCACAUUCAAAAUGGAUAGAGGCAAUUAAAAUGUCAGGUACAUCAGCGAGUUAUGUAAUAGACGUGUUUAGAGAAAUGUGGGCGCGUUUCGGUUUACCAAAACAGCUGGUGACGGAUAACGGUCCCCCAUUUACGAGUACUGAAUUUCAAGGUUUUCUAGCCAGUAAUGGAGUGGAACAUAUUUUUACCGCACCCUACCACCCAGCAUCGAACGGGGCUUGUGAGUCAGCGGUAAAGAUAUGUAAAAAGGUAAUGAAAAAAAGUAUGGAACAAGGGACUAAUAUGCAUACGGCGUUAUGUAGAUUUUUGUUGAACUACCGGAACACACCCCAUUACGCCACGGGUUACCCUCCAGCCAAACUGUUGCUAGGUAGGUCACUUCGAGCCAGAUUAGACUGCUUAAAACCGGAGCUGGCGUCACGGGCGCACGAGCAUCAGGAUCGCAUUAGGAAGCAGGUGAGGGGUGUACAAAGAAGUUUUCAAGUAGGGGAUUUAAUUUGGUAUAGGAAAUUCGGUACUAAUAAAACUAAAUGGUGCCCGGGGUGCAUUGUAGAAUGUCUUGGCGGUACAAACUAUUCGGUUAAGGAUGAAUCUGGAACGGAGACGGUACAUAGGCACGUGGAUCAAAUCAGGUCGAGAGUGAUAGAUCAAGCUGGGCAAAAUAAUCCGUUUAAAAAUCCAAACGAGACACCACAACAUCGAAGUUUAGCGUAUCCUUUGCCCUCGCCCGGUCCGGCAGUGAAUGAUGAUGAUGAUGACGCCGCGGCUGGCGACAAUGGCAACACACAGGCAGCGCCGAUUGAGACGCAGCCGAAUAUUACUAUGAACCCGCCCGCGGCAGGUCAAGCAACUCCGGAGUUACUGGUGGCUAACCGCCCAAAAAGAACGCGAUUCCCACCAAUGAGAUAUGGACUCGAAAUUGAUUGA